UCUCUACUUCACUUCACGCUCCAUCUUAAUCUCACCAAUAUAUAUAGCCCCUUCAACAAAAUUCUUUGAAAACACAGUAGUUGCUCGCUAUUUGCAUUUCGAAACUCAAAAGCUAUGGAGCUGCAACUUGGACUUGCUCUUUUUCCGGACAUUAACAAAUUUGAGAUGAAUAAGGAGAGUACCUCUGAGCCUCAGAGGGAUAUGUAUGGCUCUGGUCACACGCUACACCCGAACAAGCGUAAUUUUAAUGAAGCAUUUGAUCGUCAUGAUUCUUUUGUUAGUACUACUGAUGAUAUUCCGCGGACGCUGGCUCUUUUCUCAUGGGACAAUGAUGAUGCGAAGAAAGACGGUGAAGAUGUAAAGCCUAGUUAUUCAUUGUACGUGAAGGUGAAGAUGGAGGGAGUUCCAAUUGCGCGAAAAGUUGACUUAGGCCAGCAUCAGUCUUAUCACUCACUGGCAACCACAUUGCUCCGAAUGUUUGGGAAAUCUGAGGAGAACAUGAAGGAUUACAAACUCACAUACCAAGACGACGAGGGAGACUGGUUGCUGGCCGAAGAUUUACCUUGGAAAAGUUUCAUGGAGUCGGUGCAAUGUCUGAAGUGGAUAAAGAGCUCUCAUCCUGAUAGGGACCUGGAUUGAGAUCGAAUUGUACAUAGUUUAUGUUUUUCCUCAUCAGUUCUGCAACAAAUGUAUGGGAAAACAAAUUUUUAAACGAUGUCCUAGAUGAUUUUCUACUA